AUGCCGUUUUGCGAUUGCAACCAUGCAGUAAAUUUUCCAGCCCGUAUGAGUACAGGCAUGGAGAUUGGAGAGAAGCGGGAAAACGCAAGUUGGCAAAAGGACCUUCUGAAUACGGUGAGCAAGACCGCGGAAAAAGACCUCGCAAAUGUCAUCACUAACAAAGGCAUGUACGGGCGUGAGGGUCAGCCUGCUGCACGUAAUAACAACAAUAUGAAUUACGGUCCCGACGAGGUGUCGAACCAGUCAGUGCGUCGUGACUCGGUCAUUGAGCAAGUUGAACCAGAGGGCCUGGUCGUGGAGAACUUGGAUCAUCCCAGUGCAGCGCGUCGUCCGAAUAUCGGGUCAGACGAUAAUACGCGCAUCUUCAAUCUCAGCGAGGCGUCGAGACGGCGGCCGUUGAGCACGAGGGAGCAGAGUCUGUUUGGGCCGAAGCAAAAUCCGGGAAACAAUGUUAUCAACUAGCGAGGAUUGUGCCUUUGGAAAGCGAGGAAGAUUUCUCUUCUCU